UGUGGUUUUAAAAAUGGAGUAUAUUUACAGAAAGUAAAUAAAUUCUGAUAUGUUGUUGAAACAUAGGCUAUUCUGGUUAAAUAUAAGAUUGUAUCAUUCUCCAGAUUAACUUGUCUGGUUUGUUAAUCGAAAAUUGGUAAACAAACGUUUUUAUAUCGGAUGGUAAAGAUACACAGGAAGAGUUGUGAGUAGAAUGCAUUCAUGGCGAAAAUUUGGACAGAGUACUUAUAAUAUAUGAGAGCUCAUUGAGCUGAAAGAAUAUUGUGAAAAUGAGUCAUUUAUCUCCAUUCCGGUUAAAUCCGAAUCUCGGUGCUGAUUUGGGGGGUACAGCACCUAAUCCCAAGAAGAGAAGAAAAAACUCCCAAGUGCCCAUACAAUCUAGUCCAAAUGUACAAGAUCUCUUGCCACCGCCAUUAACUGGAUAUGGCGAUACUAUUGUUGCUUCAAAUCCAUUUGAUGAUUGCCCAAGCAAUGUUAAUUCCAUGGGUUUCGUGAGGAAUAAUCCCAACAUGGGUAUGCCCGGAAAUAUGUCUAUGGGUGUAAAUGCAAUGGGAAUGUGUAGGCCAAUGGGUCCUGGUAUGGGCAUGAAUUCUCCAAUGAUGCAUAGUCCAAACGCUCAUCAUGGUAUGAUGAAUAAUCAAGUAAUGAUGAACAACCCUAGAAUGAACGGCCUUAUGGGUAACCACAUGGGACCUCAUAUGAUGCAUAGUCCAAAUGGCCCCAUGCAUGGAAUAUCUGGACCUAUGCAUAGUCCCAUUGGAAAUAUGAAUUCUGGAAUUCAAGGCCCUCAUAUGCCUGGAAACGGAAAUUCAAUGAGUGGUCCAGGUCCUAUUAACAAUGGACCUAUGAGUGGUCCUAUGAAUGGCCCAAUGAAUGGCAUGAAUACCAAUAUGGGAGGAGGUAUGCCAAUGAAUUCCCCGAAUGCACCAAUGGGUCCUUCAAUGAAUAAUAAUUUUAUGAUGAAUAAUAUGUAUUCAAAACCGAUGCCAGUGAGUGCUGGAAAGGUAUAUCCAGCAGAUCAACCAAUGGUUUUCAAUGCACAAAACCCCAAUGCUCCCCCAAUUUAUCCUUGUGGAGUCUGCCAUAAAGAAGUCCAUGACAAUGACCAAGCUAUACUUUGUGAAAGUGGCUGCAACUUCUGGUUCCACAGGGGAUGUACUGGACUAACGGAAACAGCUUAUUCUCCUUACCUUACUGCAGAAGUAUAUGCAGAAUGGGUUUGCGACAAAUGUCUGUCAUCAAAAACGAUUCCAUUGGUUAAAUUCAAACCAUAAACAAUAAAAUGAGCGGAUAAGUUGUACCCAAAGAUGGUAUUCAGAAGACUGACAGUGAUUUACAUCACAGCCACUGUUUCUUCAUAUUUGAAU